AUGAAUAUUUUUCAGUCGGCCUUCUCUGCUCCCAACGGCUCCAUCUUCCUCACCUCAACGCCAUCCAUUGCACCAUGGGGGGCGGCAUUCACACCGCAACCCAUCGCCCUCUUCCUCUCCACCAGCAAAAAGCAGCCCUGCGACCAGCCCAUUGCCUUUUCUGUCUCGUUCGCGUUUCGAAUGACACCUGCUGCUCCUACCUCUGGUAGUGCUGCUGCAGGCGCAGGCAGCAGCACAACAGGCGAGGGCCUGGCGUUUGUGGUCACUGCGGCGGCACCCCAGGGGGCUGCAGCGGGGGUGGGGCUGGGAGGGGUGGGGAAGCGGAGUGUGGCGGUGGAGUUUGACUCGGUGCUGAGUGUGAAGCACAGCGACCCCAACGACAACCACGUGGGCGUCAAUGUGGGCGGCUCACCUGUGUCCCUCGCCUCUGCCACGGCCCCUCUCAUCCUCAACGACGGCCACACCAAGCACGCCUGGAUCCACUACGACCCCACCAGCGGCGGCACUCUCCGAGUCUUCCUCUCAGCCUCCAGACAGCAACCAUCCAAGGCUGUGCUGACGGCGAGAGUGUCUCUGUGCAGCGCGGUCAAGCCCACCGUAGGUGGUGGCUCCUUCCUCUUCGGAUUUUUGGCAGCCUCUGCAAACAACACUCAGAGUCAUGACAUCCUCUCAUGGAAGAUUGUCACUGGCAAAGCAUUCGGCCACGUGGCAUCAGCAGAGGAGGGGGCAGCAGGCAGUGAAGGCGAGAGUGUGCCCUCCUCCUUCCACUAUGCCAGCCUCGCCUUUCAAUCAGACAGCCCAUUGCAUCAGCCCACGCUGACACUCCCACCGUGUCCCUCCCUGCACACUCCUCCCUGCACACUCCUCCCUGCACACUCCUCCCUUCACGCCCCUCCCUUCACGCCCCUCCCUACACGCCCCUCCCUGCACGCCCUUCCCUGCCCGCCCCUCUUCGCACGCCCAUCCCCUCUCCGGCCUGCAGCCGACUCCUCGGCGCACGCGGUGGUGGCGGCGGUGGAAGCGGCCUACAGCAUCGCCAGCAACGGGUCGCAGCCCCCCCGGCUGUCGGUGGAGCAGCUGCGGGUGGCCCUGUCGGCCAACUGCGACGACAUGCCUCCGCGCGAUGUGCUUGUCAGAUUUAUAUGA